AUGAUUGUCAUGCCAGGACUCCAAGGCAUCAAUACCUCCUAUAACAAAUCAGACAUCUCCCAAAUCAACUCCACAGGCAUCGAAUCCGCGGUUACCAUUAUUGAUGCCGAAAGAAUAAUUAAAGCUGCCUAUCAUGGCGAGCGUAGAGUCACCAGAUUCGAGGACCUAUCCGCGAAUCUAUUUUCCACACAAUAUCUCAUCACCCUCGACAAUAGAACGCAGCUCCUCUUACGCCUCGCACCUCCAUCAGAUGUUAGAGUCUUACAACACGAACGAGACGUUCUCGCUGGGGAUUUUGAAAUCCUGGAGCUAAUACGACAAAAUGCACCUGAAGUCCCCGUCCCCGAAGUUGUAAUGUACAACAAGGACGGAAAUGGGGGUCUACUAGGCGUUCCAUUUCUUCUCACAACGUACAUACCCGGAGUUCCACUCGAUAUGGUCCGUCAAGACCUCCCAGAUGAGGUUUUGGCAAUGGUCGAUUACAAUCUCGGUCAACAUGCUCGACGGGUCAGCCGCAUUCACAACUCGCAUUUUGGACUCGCAGGUGCAGGUGGUAAUGGGAAGAUGUAUACCACUUGGCACAGCGCAUUCUUAUCUAUGUUUGAGUCUGUGAUGCGGGAUGCUGAAGAUUUGUUUAUCAGCAUCCCGUAUGAGGUUCUACGAUGGCACGUCGGUAGACUGGCGUAUGCGUUGGAUGAUGUUAAGGUGCCACAGUUGGUGUGUUAUGAUUUGUGUGAUACACAAAGGGUCAUGGUUGACGAGAGAACCGGAAGGUUGAACGGACUUACAGACUUUGAGAAGGCUGUUUGGGGAGAUCCUUUGAUGGAGACUUCGUUCAGAGAUCCGAGUUUGGCGUUUUUGAAUGGUUAUGGUGGAGAUCCCAUGGGAGCACAGGGUGCUCGGCCAAGGGUUUUAUUGUAUACACUCUACUAUUAUCUUCGAGCUGUCGUUGAAGUUUACUACCACGGGCUCAACCACGAACUUGAAUGCAAGGCCCGCAAGGGUCUCGUGAGAAGUUUGAAGAGUAUUUCGGACUACCAUGAAUAG